AUGUAAGAUUAUCUAAACAGGAGUCCCGUUCAAAUUAAUAUAAUUCGCAGAAAAAUGAAUGUAGUAUUCCAGCUUUCCUAACCCAGACGCUUUAAAAGUUUUUGGCAUGCUAUCAAAAAAUAAAGGCCAUGGGGUAAUAUGUUUAGCAACUGUGGGGUUUUCUGCAUAUUUUUUUUAAAAAAUUAAACCCAACUUCCGAGGUGAUCAAAAUUUUCAUUUUGCGUCAGAUCUCCACAAGCCGAGAAUAGAUGCAAGUAUGCAUAUAAAAACAUUUUAAAAAUAUGAUAUUCGGACUUGGAAGCGGGCAAGAUUUUCCAAUUCAAUAUUUUACAAAAAUUGCCUAGUGGGAGGAAAGAUUUUCCAUUGCAGUCUUAUCAACAACUCAUUUAUUUUUUAAAAAAAAUCAGCGAUAUACUUUAUUUCAUAAUUGGUUGCGGGAAAGUAGCUAAUAAAGUUUUAAGAAAAAAAUUAAAAUAUGCGAAUUACAAAAUAGCAUCAAGCAGGCAGUUACACUAUACAUAAGCAUAAAUUGCCAUGCUCACGUUUGGUUGUUUUUCAUCAAAUGACCAGCGCUAGCUUAACGAGGAUUAAUUUUUUUCCUAACAAGCUUUAGCUACUAAGAUCUUAGUUUUUCCAUCACGUAAAUAAAACCUGAUGGUAUGAUUUAUAAAAAAGAUCUGGAGAAAGAGUUAGUCUCUGCUCCUCAAUGCUUCCGCCGAGUUAAAACUUCGCGCCUCCCAAUCGCAAAAUCUGCAGAACAGCACAAACUACGUCCCGGGUCUAUUUGCUGCUUGAAAUAUUAAUUGCAGGGCAGCUUGCAAAGAACACCAUCCCCUCUCUCCAUUAGAAACACACCUCUUUGUACACGGAGUAAGAAUUACGUUAGAAAGUGGAUAGACUCCCGUUGUAGGAAAGAAAUACUUGACUUGGCAAUGAGUAAACGUCAAACGUCAAAGUGCAGCAAUAUGGGAAAAUCCAAAAAUCAUCAAAGAAAUGUGAAAAAAGAACUUGUACUUUACAAAGAAGCGCCAAGUUCCCAGUCUGUAUUUCACACAUUCAGUGAUGCGGAUGAAAUCAGAGACUUCCAGAAGAGACUGCUGUCUUGGUACAAUAAAUGUAAACGAGAUUUGCCUUGGAGGCAACUGGCUGCAACUGAAACUGAUGAUGACCGACGAGCAUAUGCUGUGUGGGUAUCGGAGAUCAUGCUCCAGCAAACCCAAGUGGCUUCAGUGAUUAAUUACUACAAUCGUUGGAUGCAGAAAUGGCCAACUUUGCAGGAUUUAGCUGGAGCUUCAUUAGAGGAAGUGAAUGAACUAUGGGCAGGCCUUGGCUACUAUUCUCGAGGUAAAAGACUCCAGGAAGGUGCACAUAAGGUAAUGUCACAACUGUCAGGUCAUAUGCCAAGAACAGCAGAAGAGCUGCAAAAGCAGCUGCCAGGAGUAGGGAAGUACACUGCAGGAGCUAUUGCCUCCAUAGCAUUUGGCCAGGUGACAGGAGUGGUAGAUGGGAACGUGACUCGAGUUUUGUGUCGCACAAGAGCCAUUGGUGCUGACCCUGCCAAUUCAGCUGUUGCAGACACACUCUGGGUGUUAGCCAACACUCUGGUUGACCAGACCCAUCCUGGUGACUUUAAUCAAGCAAUGAUGGAAUUGGGUGCAACAGUGUGUACUCCCAAGACCCCAUUAUGCACGGAAUGUCCAGUGAAACAGCACUGCAGAGGUCUCCAUAAAGUGGAAAAGGAUCGGUUAAAUUCCACCAAGAGACUGUUCGGAAAACCUGCUUCUAAAAGUCUCCCUGUGCUAGAUAUGGAGGAAUGUGCUGCUGUCUCAGGAAGCUGUUCCCUCUGCCUGCCUCCUUCAGUACCAUGGGAGCCCAGCCUUGGUGUCACUAAUUUCCCAAGAAAAGCUACCAAGAAGCAGCCCAGAAUAGAACACACAGCCACAUGCGUGCUAGAGAGGAGAUGCAGUGAUGGGAAUCCAGAGUACUUUCUUGUGAGGAGGCCCACCUCAGGACUGCUAGCUGGAUUGUGGGAGUUUCCUAGCAUCCUCCUUGAACAAGGGCAGGAAAAGCAACAGAAAGUGAUUCUGGCAGAUCACCUUCUAGCCUCCCUUGGCAAUGACUUGGCACCGAGGCAACUACAGUAUGUUGGAGAGGUUCUCCAUAUCUUCUCCCACAUCCGCCAAACAUAUGUGAUCUAUUUUUUGAAUGUGGACAAAGAUGAAGAAAAUUGGCAUAGGAAUGUGGAACUGCCAGCAUUCCGAUGGGUGACCAAAACAGAAUUGCAGUUAUCAGCCAUCUCCACAGCUAUGAAAAAGGUCUUCAGAGUUUAUGAAAAAUGGAGCUGUAGAAUCAACGAUGCCCAAGCUGUGAAGAAGAAGAAACGGGACUCUCUCAGGACCAGCCAAUUAAAGCCUAAAGAACAGACUAGUUCUUCCAAGAAGCUGCUUUCUUUGCAUUCGUUUCUUAGAGCUGAUCUCAAUAGCUCAGUAUAGAAAAAACAUGAAAAGUGGACAUCUUUGCACUCCCAAUAUUCUUGUACAGUACUUUGAAAUCUGGGUCAAUCAUCUUUUGAAGGGCCUGGGAAUAGGGUCCUCUAGCCAUGAAGUGAGAUGUGUCUGCCCAGUAUGUGAGAUACUGAAACAGUGCUGUGAAACAUAUCCUGUUGUCAUUUGAUUUCCUACUCAUUUGCUAAAUGAUUAAAUAAGCACUGCUCUUAGCACUGCAUGCCCAACCCCAAUCUGAGUUGCAGCUAUAGAUAUGCCAAAGAAAGAGACCAACUACCAUUUUUUUUUUGUAAUAUGGCACAUUGAAAGAAAUAUGGCAAAAGCAGGAUAAAGUUUUUUUUUUUUAUUAGAGCCAGAUUCUUUUGGGAACAAGUAACUGAAUAAUUGCAGUUUGCCUACAUUCUACAAUUGUACUGCGUGCCAUUUUUCUGUAUGAUCAAUUAUUUUAAUGCUUGAAAUGUCUUGUUUUAUAACUGUGGUUUCUCUAAUAAAACUUUUAAUGAUUGUUUAUUAAAAAAAAACUUAGUGAGCUUCCAUUUUUAGCUGUUUCCCCAAAACGUACUAAAUUUAUGAGAGUGAAGUGUUGAAAAGUGAAUUUAUCCCCCUGAUUCUUAAAUCAAGAUAUAGUGUAUAGAGUUAAUAAGCCUUUCUGUAUUUUAAGGUGAUUUGUUUCACUUCUUCUAGCAAGGAGAAACAUAACUGUGCUAUUCAAGAACAUCCAACAGAUAGAACUAUAUUUGGACAAGAAAUAGAUUAUGGUAGAUAUUUGUGAGCAGGAAAACAUACAGGGAGAGCAGUUACCACUUCACCACCACUUUUCUAGCUGUAGCAUUCAGUAACAGCAAGUGGACGUGACAGACGCUUCAUUAAUAGAUGUAACCACUAAAUUAAUUAAACCAUGGAUACUUUUCAGUAACAGCUAAAGAAAUGAACUGAGAAAAUCUCUUCAUAUUCAAUGGAUUCUCAAGUAAGGGCUCUUCUACCAAACUACUGAGCCAACUUUGGACGUAUAUUAAUUAGCAAUAUGUUUUGAGAAUCGCAAUAUUUAUACACAGUUCUUUAUAUUAGAUAAUGAGUAAGUCGGGUUCUUUUCACUUUUUAGGAGUGUAAAUAGUACAGUAGCUACUUUCCAUCAGUAUAGAUGCUUGGAUCCAUGCUAAAGAUUCCCUGUGGUUUCCAUGUUCUGGUAUUUAAAAAGAUGUCCUGAUUCAUGAGACAGUGGCUAACAGAUACUCUUGCCUCCUGUUUGUCCAGUUAACACUACAGUUGGUGGAUGCAAGUAAGUAAGAACAGGGAGAACUGAUUUUCUUCCAGUAGUAGAGAAUAUGUAGUCCAAAGUUUGCUCUUGAUGGCUUCAGAACUUGGUUGUUUUCACUGAGACUUUUUGUUACCUAACUUGGUAAUUUUCUUCACUAAGAGUAAUGUAGCUAAGCAAUAGGGAUCUUGUACCUUUUCAGAUUUGAACUCCUUGGUCCCAAAGACUGGGGUAGGAGGUUUCUGUAGAUAGCAGUCACUUAUUCUAAUACAGAGAGCAUUUCUCUCUUCCUAGGAAAAAUAUAACAGCCAUUCCUUCAGGCCUUUGUGUUUUGUUAGGGAAAAAUCAAUUACCAGUUCAGUAGUUCAGCUAGCAAGGCAAAAACCUACAUGCUUUCAGAUGUGGUUAUUGUCACAACUUUGCUACAGUAAGGUUUCAGUUCUCAUCAAAUAAUGCAUCAGAUGGCCUCCAGCUCACUUGGAUACUUUUUAAUGCAAGCCAGCACUGAUUGCAAAAUCAAUUUUGAAAGUACACCUUUAAACCAAAUCAGUCCAUAUGCUUUGUUCUAACAUGGGCAUUAAUCCUGUGUUAACAAAUCUGAGGCAGCACUAUAUUGUUUAGCUAUAAUUUAU